AAAUCCGUCAUCUCAGCUCUGCUUCCUUCCCCAUUCUCAAAGUUCAACAACAACCUUUAAAUCACAAUAGAUAGUCCGGUCCCCGAAACGCCACCGUAAUCAAUUCAAUGCUCUCUUCUUUCAUAAAUUCGCAAGUAGCCCCACUUCUAAGUUAAAUCCCCGCACAACCCCCAACUCAGCUCUCCAUUAACCACAAAUUUCACCAACCCUAAGAGAGAGAAAGAAGAUCCGACGGUUUCUCCACCGACUCGAUGGAGAUCCGACCGGAGACGGCGACGGCGGAAGGGACGUCAUGCUCUUCGACCGCGGUGCCCUUGGAGUCGGCCGUGUCUUCCAUCGGUUCCUCGCCGGGCGAGAAUAGUAGCGGCAGUAAUAACGUUAAAAGCAAUCAUGAUAGUAAUGGUGGGGGCAGGUAUGAUUUGUUGGAUGAGGACGAGGAGGAAGAUGUUUGUCGGAUCUGCAGAAACCCUGGCGAUGCCGAUAAUCCGCUGCGGUAUCCAUGCGCCUGCAGCGGCAGCAUCAAGUUUGUUCACCAGGAUUGCCUUCUUCAGUGGCUCAAUCACAGCAACGCUCGCCAAUGCGAGGUGUGCAAGCAUCCGUUUUCAUUUUCUCCAGUUUAUGCUGAAAAUGCCCCUGCAAGGCUUCCCUUUCAGGAAUUUGUGGUUGGGAUAGCUUUGAAAGCCUGCCAUGUCCUGCAGUUCUUUCUACGCCUCAGUUUUGUACUUUCUGUUUGGCUUCUCAUUAUUCCGUUUAUCACAUUCUGGAUUUGGCGAUUGGCAUUUGUUAGAGGUUUUGGAGAAGCCCAAAGACUAUUCUUGAGUCACUUAUCUACUACAGUCAUUCUUACUGAUUGUCUGCAUGGUUUUCUGCUUUCCGCUAGCAUUGUAUUCAUUUUUCUUGGGGCAACUUCCCUGAGAGAUUACUUUAGACAUUUACGGGAGCUCGGUGGGCAAGAUGCUGAUAGAGAAGAUGAAGGAGAGAGAAAUGGAGCUCGUGCUGCAAGAAGGCAGGCAGCACAAGCAAAUAGAAAUAUUGUUGUUGAGGGGAAUGGUGAAGAUGCUGGUGGAGCACAAGGAAUUGCUGGUGCUGGUCAGAUGAUCCGACGGAAUGCAGAAAAUGUUGCAGCUAGGUGGGAGAUGCAGGCAGCUCGCCUUGAGGCCCAUGUUGAACAGAUGUUUGAUGGUUUGGAUGAUGCUGAUGGCGCAGAGGAUGUACCGUUUGACGAACUGGUUGGCAUGCAGGGACCUGUGUUUCAUCUGGUUGAAAAUGCAUUCACGGUUCUUGCUAGCAAUAUGAUAUUCUUGGGAGUUGUGAUCUUUGUGCCAUUCUCACUGGGACGAGUUAUUCUCUAUUAUUUGUCAUGGCUUUUGUCCUCUGCUACAAGUCCAGUGCUAUCUACAGUUGUCCCGCUUACUGAAUCAGCGCUUUCAUUGGCCAAUAUUACGCUGAAGAAUGCAUUGACUGCAGUUGUAAAUUUGACAUCUGAUAACCAAGACAAUGGCUUGCUUGGCCAGGUCGCGGAGAUUCUGAAAGUAAAUGCAACAGGACAAACUGAGGUGUCAAGCAACAUAAGCUCUACAAUUGCAACAGACAUCUUGAAGGUGCAGACUGUUGGGGCAUCACGCCUUUCUGAUGUUACGACUCUUGCUGUUGGCUACAUGUUUAUAUUUUCUCUUGUAAUCUUCUACCUUGGGAUUGUUACCUUAAUUCGGUAUUCAAGAGGAGAGCCUCUGACAAUGGGGAGGUUCUACGGCAUUGCUUCCAUUGCAGAAACUAUUCCAUCUCUCUUCAGGCAGUUUGUGGCGGCAAUGAGACAUUUAAUGACUAUGAUUAAAGUUGCUUUCCUUCUGGUCAUUGAACUUGGGGUUUUCCCUCUGAUGUGUGGAUGGUGGCUGGAUGUUUGUACUAUAAGGAUGUUUGGGAAGUCGAUUUCUCAGAGAGUUGAGUUCUUCUCAAUCUCACCACUUGCAAGCUCCUUGGUUCACUGGGUUGUAGGAAUUGUUUACAUGCUGCAAAUAAGUAUCUUUGUCAGCCUUCUUCGAGGGGUUUUACGCAAUGGGGUACUCUACUUUCUUCGAGAUCCAGCUGAUCCUAAUUACAACCCUUUCCGUGAUCUAAUUGAUGAUCCCGUGCACAAGCAUGCUCGCAGAGUAUUGUUGUCUGUUGCUGUAUAUGGGAGUUUGAUAGUGAUGCUGGUAUUUUUGCCAGUUAAACUUGCAAUGCGGAUGGUUCCUUCCAUUUUUCCUUUAGAUAUCACUGUAUCUGAUCCAUUCACUGAAAUUCCAGCUGACAUGCUUCUCUUUCAAAUAUGCAUCCCUUUUGCAAUUGAGCAUUUUAAACUGCGGCAUACUCUCAAAUCCCUUCUCCGGUAUUGGUUCACUGCUGUUGGCUGGGCACUUGGUCUAACAGAUUUUCUGCUCCCAAAGCCAGAAGAUAAUAGUGGACAUGAAAACGGGAAUGGGGAUCCAGGGAGACAUGAUAGAGGACAUGCACAGGCAGUUGGUCAGGAACGAGCUGUAGCCCUUGAAGAUGUGAACAGACCCAUGCAUUUGGUGGCCAACGCCAAUUCUGCAGAGGAGUUUGACAAUGAUGAACCAGCUGAUCCAGACAGGUGGGCCUUUGUACUUCGCAUUGUCCUACUGUUGGUGGUGGCUUGGAUGACUUUGCUUGUAUUCAAUUCUGCAUUGAUCGUUGUACCUGUAUCCCUUGGGAGAGCACUCUUCAAUGCCCUCCCACUUCUCCCAAUAACUCAUGGCAUCAAGUGCAAUGAUUUAUAUGCUUUUGUCAUCGGAAGCUAUCUCAUUUGGACUGGUUUGGCUGGAGCAAGGUACUGCAUUGAUCUCAUUAGAACAAGGAGAACUAGACUUUUGCUUACUCAGAUAUGGAAAUGGUGUGGCAUUAUUGUCAAGAGUUCUGCGCUGUUGUCGAUUUGGAUCUUUGUUAUUCCUGUUUUGAUUGGACUGCUGUUUGAACUUCUUGUAAUCGUGCCUAUGCGGGUUCCGAUCGAUGAAAGUCCAGUUUUCCUUCUGUAUCAGGACUGGGCUUUAGGACUAAUCUUUUUGAAGAUCUGGACUCGACUGGUUAUGUUGGAUCACGUGAUGCCACUGGUCGAUGAUAGCUGGCGUGUAAAAUUUGAAAGGGUGAGGGAAGAUGGUUUCUCAAGGCUUCAAGGUCUUUGGGUUCUGCGGGAGAUUGUUUUCCCAAUCAUUAUGAAAUUGCUCACCGCUUUAUGUGUUCCCUAUGUUUUAUCAAGAGGAGUGUUUCCUAUAUUUGGGUACCCAUUAGUGGUGAACUCAGCCGUGUACCGAUAUGCCUGGUUGGGGUGCCUGCUCUUCAGUGUGCUGUAUUUCUGUUUCAAGCGUUUCCAUGUCUGGUUCACCAAUCUCCACAAUUCCAUACGCGAUGACCGGUAUUUGAUUGGUCGGAGACUCCACAAUUAUGGGGAGAACUCAGAGAGACGGAUCGAUUCUGGUACUGUGCCUGAGAACCAUGUUUCUGCUGCUAAUGGCACUGAUGUGAACGAACACAAUUGGGAGGCUGGGGCUGUAGGGAUGAGGCAGAGGCAUAUCAUCCGACAAGAUGCUUAAAUCAAAGUGUAGGUGAAAUCGUGGAACUUCCUUUUUUUAGAAAGAAAUCUGUAAUACCUCAUUAGGUAUUCAGGAAAAGCUGGUGGAAGCAAGAUGUAAAAAGUUGUAACGCCCUUUUUGAGGAAAGAAAGCGUCUUUUAGAGUGUUGGAGGAAAUGGUUGUGUAUAUGAAUUGAUGACCCCCUCUUGUAGAGAACUAGGUCUUUUAAAAAAUCAGUGGCUUGUUGCAUAACUUAAUACGAUUGUGCAUUUUCACUUAAAGAAUCCGGCAAUUGUGA